GCAAGCUUACACAUGCUCAAGGGAGAAGGACAUCACCAACACUUGUUGCGGUGGACAAGAUAUAAACAAACAAAACCCUAAGCCCUUUGAUUAUAGAGACAGAUACCAACAAUUUGAAAUACACAAAGCUAAACGAAAAGGUCAUUUCUAUGCCAAGUCAUUAGCUGAAGAUGGUCUUCCUUUGUUCUUAACAAGACAAGGAUGGGAAGUUUUUGAUUGUGAGUCAUGCCAAUCUCCACCAGUUGAAGCUCAAGGCGUCAACGGCUCUCUCCAUACUUACUUACCCAAGUUCAAAUUUCCCAUCUCGAUCAAUUGUUCUACUCUGGUUGUUAUUGGCAAAUGGUGCUGCCCAUUUGUAUUUGUGAAGGAAGAAGCUACACUAAAAAAACAAAUGAAGGAUCAUUUGCUUUACAACAUGACUCUUGAGCAAUGGUGGGAAGAGAUUUAUUCAUGCGAACAUGAAAUUGGCUUCGAAGAUAGCAAUUUUACUUUAAAUGAGAGUAUCCAACGUCAACUGGUUCGUGUCCAUGGCAUGGAUGCUGUGAAGGACAAUGAAGCUAGUAAUGACGGAUUCAUCUGGUUCUGGGUUCGAAACCAACGUGGGAAGAGAGGGACGAGUGUGGGGUUGAGUUUAGCAAUGUUUGAGAAAAUGAGAAAACUGGAAGAGGGGAGAGAUGCUUUUGUGAUUACAUUGAUGAUGUUGGCUGACGAAACUAAUGAGCCUUCCGGUGUCAAAUCUGAUGAGCCUUCUGGUGACACAACUAAUGAGCCUUCCGGUGUCAAAACUGAUGAGUUUUCCACUGACAAAAACGUGAAAGAUGGAACUUCCGAUUUGUAG